AUGUCCUCUGUACUGACAGGAGCCUCAGACCUGCUGUGUCCCUCAGACCUGCUGUGUCCCUCAGACCUGCUGUGUCCCUCAGACCUGCUGUGUCCCUCAGACCUGCUGUGUCCCUCAGACCUGCUGUGUCCCUCAGACCUGCUGUGUCCCUCAGACCUGCUGUACCUGCUGUGUCCCUCAGACCUGCUGUGUCCCUCAGACCUGCUGUGUCCCUCAGACCUGCUGUGUCCCUCAGACCUGCUGUGUCCCUCAGACCUGCUGUGUCCCUCAGACCUGCUGUGUCCCUCAGACCUGCUGUGUCCCUCAGACCUGCUGUGUCCCUCAGACCUGCCCUGUCCAAGUCGCCUGGAGCCAUAA